CACACCGGCUGAGGUUAUCUCUGAUUUCCUUGGAGCAUAUAUUUCACUCAAAAUUAGCCACGUCGCUAGGGUACAAGUGACCAAUUUGUUUCCCAUUAAUAUGACUAAAAUUUUUUUUAGUGUUUAUAAUGGUUUAAUGUUUAUCGCAGGUUUUUAUCCCUAUCUGUGAGGAACAACAUUGGUAUUUGGUCAUUGUCGACUUUACGAGUCGUCGUCUAAUCAUAUUGGAUUCACUGCCUUGUGUCGAAAAACAUCAGCAACGCAAAAAGAACGCAAUUAAAGUGGCAACUUAUUUAGAAGCGAUGUUAGAUGAUCAUAUUUUUGCCGAUGAUAAGUCUAAAGUUGUAGAUUGCUCCACUUUUUGGCCUAUGACACCUUUUGGCCUACCCACUCAAAAAAAUAGAUCGAAUGAUAGCGGAGUUUGGGUGACCGGUUGGAUGAGAGAAUGUACUUUACAAGAUGACUUCAAUAUUCAGAUUAACGACUCCACACAAAUGAGACUUGCCGUGGAUCUGGUUUUAGAGGAGUACAACGAUUUGUGUCUCGUAAUACAAGAAAAUGCUUGGCAAUAUAAGACCAAGGUGGAAGCAGAGCAUGAAGACAUUUUUGGGAAUGAAAAGUUAUCUUUUUAGAUAUUUUUAAUAUUUUCUUGAAAGACAAAAUACUAAGCUAUGUUUCACAAGUUAUUUACACUAAUUUAUCCUUCUAUGUUUUACAAUUCUAUAUUA